AAUGAGAAUUUUGUAACUGCAUUUAUUACAAAACAUGUGAGUACAGCAUAUCUUGUAUCAGAAAGUAAACGAGAGCUGCAUUACAUUCUUCCUAUCAAUGAACUUCGUAAAGGAAGUUUUGAAAAAUUAUUCGAUGCCUUGGAAUCAAAUUUGUCUAGUUUGGGAAUUGCAAGUUACGGUAUAAAAAAUACAACACUGGAAGAAGUAUUUUUAAAAGUUGCUGAAAAAUCUCAGAGAGAUGAUGUUUCUAUACAAAGUGAUAUCAGCUUGAAACAGAAGAAGUCUCCUAGUUUUUAUGAUUCAGUCGGUUAUCAGGAAGACAAAGUAGAGGCAGAGAAGUUUUAUGAUACAAGUUUAGUUGAGUCCUCAACAAAUCAGAAAAAACAAGCUAAUGCUUCAAUAUCAAACAGUUCUUCCAACAGUAGAAAAAAGUCUGCUGAUGAUGGCAAAGCAGAUUAUUUUCAUUUGCCUCAUAAUCAUGUAACUAAAGGUCCAGCUGUGCAUUGUGACCAAAUGUCUUUGGGUCUUGAUGGUGCUGGCAGUUACAAAGUUGAAGGGAAAAUGCUUCUGCUUCAACAGUUCUCUACUAUACUUUUAAAAAGAUUUUACUGUACAAAACGAAACUGGAAAGGACUUUUCUCUCAAAUCUUGCUGCCUGCAUUUUUUGUAAGCAUUGCAAUGUCUGUUGCUUUAACGGCACCAAAAGUGGAAGACCUUCCUCCUUUAGUCCUCAGUACAUCUCAGUAUUAUAAUUACACUCAGCCUGAAGGGAAUGUGAUACCUUUUUCAAGAAAUGAAUUAGAUCUUGAAUGCAAUUGUGAAAGAUGGUCCAAAGAUGCAAAUUCUACAGAAGUUUCUAACACUCUUUUUCUGCCAUCGGGAGUUGGUGCUACAUGUGUUCUGAUAUCACCGUUCAAUAACAGUUUUGAUGAAAAAAUGAAUUUUUCUGCUCGUAAUUAUGAUCUGCUGUCUGCCUUUUUUGAACCAUCUUGUGAGAGUGUUUUUGUACCUGGUGUGCCAUUUGACAAUUUUGUGCCUCAGUCACCUACAAAUAUUCCACAUAUGUCAAACCUCUUGCCUAAUAUUACAACAUUACAGUCAACAGAGCCUCCAAAAAGAUACUAUCCAAACUGCCACUGUUCUGAUGAUAAAACUGGAUAUGUGUGUGAAGAUUAUUAUACUGAUCCACCAUCUGUGAAAGUGGUCACUAGUGAUAUUUUGCUUGAUAUCAGCAGACAGAAUGAACAUGAGUACUUCUUAUACACCACUGGAAUGUAUAGAUUAAGAAGGUAUGGUGCAUUUUCCUUUGGUUUGGUUAGAGAUUAUGUUCCGCCAAAUUUUGGACAAAAUGCUCCUCCACUUUUUCGGAAAGUAGCUGUUCGGAAUGUUGCUAAGGUUUGGUAUAACAAUAAAGGAUAUCAUAGCAUGCCAACCUAUGUCAAUAGCUUGAAUAAUGCUAUUUUGCGAGCUAAUCUUCCAAAAUCUAAGGGUUAUGCUGCAGCUUAUGGAAUUACAGUUAUCAAUCAUCCAAUGACAGAUACCUCUUAUUUAUUAUCAAAAGACCAAAUCCUUCAAGGCACAGACGUUCUUAUUGCUAUUUUCAUCAUUGUUGCUAUGUCCUUUGUUCCAGCAAGUUUUGUCCUGUUUUUGGUGUAUGAACGCUAUACAAAAGCCAAACACUUGCAGUUUGUUUCAGGUGUUAAUGCUGUUGUGUACUGGGUUGCAAAUUAUUUCUGGGAUAUGUGUAGUUAUGUUGUUCCUGCAACUUGUUGUGUACUUAUUUUGCUGAUAUUUGAUAUCCCUGCAUAUACCUCUCACAAAAAUUUUCCAGCUGUGGUAUCACUAUUCUUAAUUUAUGGAUGGUCAAUCACACCAGUUAUGUAUCCAGUAUCAUUUCUUUUCAAAGAACCAAGUACAGCAUAUAUAUUCCUAAUUGUGAUUAAUUUAUUUGUUGGAAUCACAUGUGUUGUCACAUCAUUUUUACUGGAGGUUUUUUCAUAUGAUGCUUAUUUAGGUGAAGUUCAUAAGAUGCUUAAAACAACAUUCCUCCUAUUUCCUAACUAUUGCUUGGGCAGAGGUUUGAUGGAUAUAGCAUUCAAUGAAUAUCAGAACUUCUUUCUUUUUAAAACAGGUCAAUAUGAUAAGAUGAAGUCUCCUUUUGCAUGGGACUUAGUCACUCGUAAUUUAGUUGCUAUGGCUUUCUCAGGCUUAGCAUUUUUCUUUAUUACGUUAUUAUGUGAAUUCAACUUUCUUCGAAAACCAAAAAAUAUUCAGAUACCUGAUUAUUCAAUUGAAAUGGAAGAUGAAGAUGUUGCAGCUGAACGAAAGCGAGUUCUAACUGGCCAUGCUAAUACUGAUGUUUUGCAUCUCAUUGAUCUCACAAAGAUUUAUAAUUCAAAAAACAUGAGAAAGAAACUCAUAGCAGUGAAUAAAUUAUGCUUAGGAGUUCCUGAAGGAGAGUGUUUAGGACUGCUUGGUGUAAAUGGUGCUGGAAAAUCAACAACAUUUAAAAUGCUGACUGGUGACACAAAUGUCACUGCCGGUGAUGCAUUUUUGAAUGGCUUCAGCAUAAGAAGGGACUUGCAAAAAGUGCAGCAGUAUAUCGGAUACUGUCCACAAUUUGAUGCUUUGUAUGAAGAACUUACUGCUAAAGAGCACUUGAUCCUGUAUUCCAGAUUCCGUGGUAUUCCACUUAAAGAGGAAGAUAAGGUAAUUGAGUGGGCUUUGAAGAAAUUAGAUUUAGUAGAUUAUGCAGAUCGGGUUGCUGGAACUUACAGUGGUGGAAAUAAGAGAAAACUUUCUACUGCAAUAGCUCUGUUGGGUGCUCCUUCUGUGAUAUUUUUAGAUGAACCAACAACUGGAAUGGAUCCUUACACUCGACGUUUUCUGUGGAAUUUAAUUACUGAACUUGUAAAAAGCGGCCGUUCAGUGGUGCUAACAUCUCAUAGUAUGGAAGAAUGUGAAGCUUUGUGUACGAGGCUAGCAAUCAUGGUAAAUGGCCAUUUUAAAUGCUUAGGCAGCAUACAGCAUUUAAAAAAUAGGUUUGGAGAAGGCUAUUACAUAACAGUAAGAACUGAACAAGGUGAAUUAGAAACUAUUAAGCGAUGGUUUCGAAAAACCUUUACUGAUGCUCGCUUAAAGGAGCAACAUUAUAAUUUGUUACAGUUUGAACUUAAAUCAGGUUGCAUAUCAUUAGCAUACGUGUUUUCAAAGAUGGAGUCUGCUCUUCAAGAUUUGCCUAUUGAAGAAUACUCUGUCUGCCAAAAUACAUUAGACAAUGUAUUUAUAAAUUUUGUGAAACAGCAGUCAGAUGGAAUUCGGGAUCCCUCUCUCAUUCCUCAACCAUUUUCUUCAUUAACAACUGACUUAGAAGAAUCUUUGGAUGACAUGCACGAUGUAGCUUGUCAUUUAAGUCGAUCUCAAGACUGUGGUAUUACCUGUUCUGGCAAUGAUCCAGUCAUAAAUUGUUGGGGGCAAGGAACCACAAAUUAAUCAUGACAAUCCAGAUGGUUUCCAAUUUUCAGUAUUUUAGGGCAAGUUAAAAAUAAUUUCUUCAAGCAACUUUUCACUCUUGCAUGCUUUGCUCUGCAUGCAAAUAGCUUUCGUAACUGUAAUUAUAGUGAUUUGUAAAUUAAUGCCAUUCUGUUUAUAGUGAGGUUGCAAUUUAAAGCAUGCAUACAAACUAGUAUUGCCACUCUGUGUUUUGUUGGAAGAAAUAAGGUGGUAAACUUUAAAAAACAUAAAUAAUUUUAAUUUUAUUGAAUGAAUUGAUUCAUG